UGUGUGUGUGUGUGUGUGUGUGUGUGUGUGUGUGUGUGUGUGUGUGUUUCUUCAUUUUCUCUCCUGCUGAUAUGAACCUCAUAAUCUUCUUCUCGACACAAAACAUCUUUACGAUGAAAUGAAGUGAAUUCAUCAACAGUCAAUUACGAGUCAGACCUUACAACGCUAAAUAACAUGAUACAGAUAUCUAAUACAGUAUUUCACUCUUUUAUUAGUUUUCACACAGGGACAGAAUUCAUUUGAAAAUGUAAGAUCAGCAGAAGCUUGUUGAUUUUCAUGAUGAUAAAGGAGACGGACGUGUGAGCGGAAACUAACUGAGGUUUGGGGAGGAUUCAACCAGAUAAGUAUCACAGUUCAGUCGUUUAAGCUCAAUCUUGAGUGUUUUCAGACAUUUUAAGGGUUGCUAUCAUGAGCUUUUCAUUUGAGAAGAUAUCUCUGAAAUUAGUUUGGUUCUGUUUGUGUUUCUGGCGUCUGGAUGGGGUGUUUGGUGAUGAAGUGAAGUCAGUGAACGAGGGAGAUUCAAUCACUCUCAGCUCUGAUCUUACUGAAAUACGUUAUGAUGGUCUGUUUCAGUGGGGGUUUGGAAAUGAAACUUUAUUAGUUGAAAUGUAUGAACAGACCGACAGCAUGAAUGUAUUUGAUAAUGUUCUUGAUGGGAGAUUCAGAGACAGACUGAAGCUGGACAAUCAAACUGGAUCUCUGACCAUCACAAACAUCUCAACUGAACAUUCUGGACGUUAUUUACUACUGAAAUGUGGAGCACAAUCAUCGUCAAAAGCAUUCAGAGUUUCUGUCUAUGCUCGUCUGCCUGUUCCUGUCAUCAGCAGAAACUCUUCACAGUGUUCUUCAUCAUCAUCAUCAUCACAUCAGAAUUGUUCAUUGGUGUGUUCAGCUGUGAAUGUGAGUCAUGUGACUCUCUCCUGGUACAAAGGAAACAGUUUAUUGUCCAGCAUCAGUGUGUCUGAUCUCAGCAUCAGUCUCUCUCUACCUCUGGAGGUGGAAUAUCAGGAUAACAACACCUACAGCUGUGUGCUCAACAAUCCCAUCAGCAACCAGACUCAACAUCUGGACAUCACUCAACUCUGUCACACAUGUGCAGGUACAGCAGAGCUGAUAUUAGUUGAUGUCGGCACUGAUAUUAAUGACUGAGCUGAUCUCAGUUUGGUGUUUUUAUUCCUCAGACUCUGUCCACUGCUGUGGUUCUACUGAAGCUGUGAUCCGAUUCGUCCUCUCUGCUCUGGUGGGCGUGGCUACUGUCAUUCUUCUGGUUUAUGACAUCAGAUCCAGAAGAGCUGAAUAAGAUCAAGCACAGAUUCACACAUCAGGAUGUAUUGCAAUCUAAAGCAGAAUGCUGAAGAUAUAAGUUUCUUCUUGUGUGUUUUUUUUUAUUAUUAUUUUUAUAAUAAUUACUGAUGAAUAUUUAAGCUUACACUCUCUUUCAGUGUCAUUUUUUUUAAUCCAAUUUGAAAAGCUUUUUUGUUUAUAUUUCUCUCAGUUGAGACACUCUCUUUACUACUGCUGUGCAUUUAUCAUCUGUACUUGCUUGUCUUUAUCAAUAAAGUUUUCUC